CCAGACGAAUGUUAAACAGCAGCGGAAAACAAAGCUCUAUCAGUAUUUAUUAAUAAAUCGAGUUAAUGAUGGAAAACAGUGGUGAAAGUGGUGACGACGGUGGACCCCAGGGUGCAGCAAAUUAUUUCACUUCUGGGGGAGUCGCUGGGAAUUAUAUUGGGGUGCAGUCAGAUGAUCUAGAAGAUGAUCCAGAGAACACAGACGACUCGAACCACGGAGGAGACCCCCUGCACGGUGGUGGCAGUGGUGGUGCUGCAGGUCCCCUUCGGGAGCAGGAUCGCUUCCUUCCAAUUGCAAAUGUCGCAAAAAUAAUGAAAAGAGCGAUCCCCGAGGCCGGAAAAAUUGCCAAAGACGCUAGAGAGUGCGUGCAGGAGUGUGUGUCCGAGUUCAUCUCAUUCAUAACAUCAGAAGCAUCUGACAGGUGUCACAUGGAAAAACGAAAAACCAUAAAUGGUGAGGACAUUCUCUUUGCAAUGACAACCCUUGGUUUUGACAACUACGUUGAGCCCCUGAAGAUGUACCUGCAGAAGUACAGAGAAGCAACGAAGGGCGACCAGACACCCCCGUGUCUCACAGGUCCAAAUGGCAAUGGAAAGACUGAACCACCGAGCACAAUUUAUGAGGAGCAACUCUACGCAUUAUCUGGAUCAAAUGCAACGACCUCUGAUUCACCAGUGAUCUACAGCUACUCCUCGGGCGAUCAGAUGCAAUUCCAACUGUCCUGAUCCUCCGAUGACUCCCAGGAGGAGGAGCGGACGUGUCUCGAGGAGUGAUCACUGCUCAUGAUGCGAUAGUUCAAUUGAUUCAAUUUUUUUAAUCGCUUAAAAUUACCGAAUCAGUGGAAUUUAUAUAUAUAUACAUAUAUAUAUCUCCGUGUAUACAAUAUAGAUAUUGUAAUCAGAGAUCGGCACAAAUAUAAUUUUCACAAAAAAUUUCCAUCACAAAAAUAUAUCUUUCGGUUUAAUCACUAUUAACGUGUAAAUAUGCUUCAUUAUACUAUGAAUGAGUAAUAAUUGAAAUGAAAACUAAUUUAUCGCGCUAGGAACUACACUUUAAUAUUUGGGACUAAUCAUUCGAUCAAUAAUAAAUAUUGAUUGAAAGACUGUUCAUUUGUUCAAUUUUUAUUGCUCAUUUGUAUCGUAAGGAAAAGUGUAUGUGAUAUUACUUUUCAUUAUAAAAAAUGUCAUUCGGCUUUUCCUUAUUAACCAUUGAUAUUGUAAUGAAACUUUAAUUACGAAAAUUAUUUUCCUGCCGAUUUCUUGUUAUGAUGAUAUAGUAAUCAUUAGGCGUGUUUUUUGUAAUGAACAUUCGACAUUUAGAAAAAAUUAGCCGAUCCUUUAUUGUAAUUCCAUUAAAGCACUAAAAUUCAUAUUAAA